AAUAAUGCUUGGGAUUCAAUCCAAACCCAGUUCGACGCGGACCUAACUCGAUCCCGUUUCUGAGCCAAUCAAAAAAGCAAUGGCCGCCGCAGCUGCUCGCCUCAUCAUCUCAUGGCUUCCGCGAUGAACAUAUAGAUAGGCCUCUUUUACUUCCCCGGUUCUCCUCUCCUUCCUAGCUCACUCUGCUCUCUCUGCAUUUUUUCUUUGUCUUCGCUGCUUCGAUCUAGGGUUCGGGUUGGCUUUUAUUCGAGGGAAGAAGUGCGGCGGCAAUGGCGGAGCCGAAGAACCGGUGGACGUGGGAUUUGCCGGGGUUCGAGCCGAAAAGGUCGGCAGAGGACCAGCGCUCCCCACCAUUGGUGCCACGGCUGUCGGUUUCGCAGUCGUCCCUGACUCCCCGGCCGGACUCCUCGAAGAAGCCGAUCGCCGUCCGGCUCCAGAAGUUGGAGAAACAGGUCAAGCACACAAGAGAUUACUACUUGGAACUGAAGCAGGAAGCCACCGAUCUUAAAGAAUAUUCUCAUGCCAAACUCGAUCGAGUUACGCGUUACCUUGGUGUACUUGCAGACAGGGCUAGAAAAUUAGAUCAAGCUGCUCUUGAAAGUGAGGCUAGAAUAAUUCCUCUAAUCAAUGAAAAGAAAAAAGUUUUCAAUGAUUUGUUGAUGGCCAAAGGAAGCAUUAAAGUAUACUGUCGUAUAAGGCCACCUUUCGAAGAUGAAGGCCCUUCUAUAAUUGAGCUUCCAGAUGAAUUCAUAGUUCGAGUAAACAUCAGUGAUGAUUCUCUUGCCAAUCCUAAGAAGGAUUAUGAAUUUGAUCGAGUAUAUGGCCCUCAUGUUGGGCAAGGGGAAUUCUUUUGCGAUGUUCAACCGUUUGUACAGUCGGCUUUGGAUGGAUAUAAUGUAUCUAUAUUUGCAUAUGGCCAAAGCGGCUCUGGGAAGACGCACACAAUGGAAGGAUCUAGUCAUGAACGUGGUUUAUACCUUCGCAGCUUUGAGGAGCUUUUUGAUCUGUCUAAUUCAGAUACCACUUCAUCAUCUCAGUAUACUUUCUAUGUUACUGUCUUUGAGCUUCAUAAUGAACAGGUUCAAGAUUUGCUGGUAAAAUCUUUAAGCACCUCAUCAAGCAAUCAGUUCAGCAACCAAGAUUCAUCCUUGGAACUAGUGCAGGAGAAAGUAGACAACCCUUUGGAAUUUACUAAAGUACUUAAAGUUGCACUGCAGAAUCGAGGGACAGAUUCUUCAAAAGCCAUCAUGUCACAUUUGAUUGUUACCAUUCAUAUUCAUUAUUCCAAUUGGGUCACUGGAGAAACUCUUUACAGCAAACUCUCUCUUGUUGAUUUACCUGGAAGUGAAUGCUUUAUGGUGAAAGAUGCUACAGGAGAUCAUUUAACAAGCUUUUUACAUGUUUCAAAGUCACUUUCUGCGUUGGGUGAUGUUUUGAAUUCAUUGACUACAAAGAAAGAGUCUAUACCAUUUGAAAAUUCAAGGAUGACUCAAAUUCUUUCUGAUUCCCUGGGUGGUAGCUCAAAGACCUUGCUGAUCGCCCAUGUUUGCUCAGAUGCUUCAAAUCUUUCUGAAACAUUGACUACACUUAACUUUUGUGCUAGAGCUAGAAAUGCAGAAUUGAGCCUGGGUAAUCGUGAUACAAUUAAGAAAUGGAAAGAUGUGGCAAAUGAUUCACGAAAGGAACUUUAUGAGAAAGAAAAAGAAAUCCUUGAUCUUAGGAAUGAAGUGAUGGAGCUUAAGCUUGCUCUUAAAGAUGCUAAUGAUCAAUGCAGUCAGUUGUUUAAUGAAGUACAAAAAGCUCAGAAAGCUUCUUUUACACUUCAAGCAGAUUUAAAGGCAGAAAAUUUAACACCGAUAGAAAAACAAAACGUUGAAGAACAGAAUGUUCAGCUUCAGAAUCAAGUUGCUCGCAUAUUGCAAUCUGAGCAGGAACAGAAAACCCAGAUCCAUGAACGUGAUCAAGUCAUUCAAAAGCUGCAGGCCAAACUAAAGGGGAUUGAGUCUCAACUUAAUGAGGCCCUCCAAUCAAGUGAUGCCCGUAUAAUUAGCAGAUAUGAGACAGGGUCUACUGGAGUUCUUUCAACUGCUAAGGUAACAGAGGAUACUGUUGAUUCUUCACAGGUCAUAAAGAAACUUGAAGAGGAACUGUCAAAGAGGGAUGCUCUUAUUGAGAAAUUGCACCAAGAGAAUGAGAAGCUAGUUGAUAGGCUUACAGAAAAAUCAUCACUUGCUUCAUCACCUCAGAUUAUGUCGAGCCCUGCUGCUGGAAGAAAUGUGGACAUGCAGAGAAGAGACUUAAACAGGGGUGACAACAACAGAGUACCUUCACUCAAUGCCCUAGCAUGGCCUGGUUCACAGGACAAGAAUGAAAACACAGGAGCUCUUGUGAAAUCAAGUAAUGAGAUGAGAAAGACAACACCUGCUGGAGAGUAUCUUACUGCUGCACUUGCUGAUUUUGAUCCGGACCAGUUUGAGAGCUUUGCUGCAAUAUCUGAUAGUGCUAAUAAACUUUUGAUGCUGAUUUUGGCUGCAGUCAUCAAAGCAGGUGCUGCUAGGGAACACGAAAUACUUGCUGAGAUCAGAGAUGCUGUUUUUUCAUUUAUUCGUAAAAUGGAACCAAAGAAGGUUAUGGACACCAUGCUAGUUUCACGUGUCAGAAUAUUAUAUAUAAGAUCUCUGCUUGCUCGAUCACCUGAGCUGCAAUCGAUCAAGGGUUCUUCAGUAGAACGGUUCCUUGAAAAAGCUAAUGAUGGCCAUAGCAGAAGUUCUAGCCGUGGUAGUAGUCCUAGUAGAUCUCUGGUUCACUAUGAUUCAGUCCAUGGUUUUAAGGUGAACAUAAAACCAGAAAAAAAGUCUAAAUUGUCAUCCAUAGUCUUAAAGCUUCGAGGGAUUGAUCAGGAGACGUGGAGGCAACAUGUUACUGGAGGAAAGCUCCGAGAAAUAACUGAGGAGGCUAAAGCUUUUGCAAUUGGAAAUAAGGCACUUGCUGCACUCUUUGUUCAUACACCAGCUGGUGAGUUGCAGCGCCAAAUUCGGUCAUGGCUUGCAGAGAAUUAUGAUUUCCUCUCUGUCAUGGGUGAUGAUUCUAUCAGUGGAAAUUCUACCAACCAACUAGAACUUCUGUCAACUGCCAUUAUGGAUGGAUGGAUGGCUGGUCUGGGUACUGCACAGUUUCCGAGUACUGAUGCUUUGGGCCAACUUUUGUCUGAAUACACCAAACGGGUUUAUUCAUCACAAUUGCAACAUUUAAAGGAUAUAGCAGGUACUUUGGCAACAGAGGAAGCUGAGGAUGUAGCCCAUGUCAACAAGCUGCGAUCAGCUCUGGAAUCUGUCGAUCAUAAGAGAAAAAAGAUUUUACAACAAAUGAGAAGUGAUUCAGCGUUAUUAACAAAAGAGCAAGGUGGUUCGCCCAUCCGAAAUCCAUCUACGGCUGCUGAAGAUGCGCGAUUGGCAUCUCUCAUAUCAUUGGAUACCAUCUUAAAAGAAGUCAAGGAAAUUCUGAGACAAACAUCCACAAGUUUGCUUACUAAAUCCAAGAAGAAAGCGAUGCUUGCAAAUCUGGAUGAACUUUUGGAGAGGAUGCCAUCGCUCCUUGACAUUGAUCAUCCAUGUGCUAAAAAGGAAAUCUUAGGUGCUCGUAAAGUUGUUGAGACAAUACCAGAAAGAGAUGAUCCCCAUGAUGAUGAAACACGAACAUUACAACCACAAGCAGAUUCGACUUCCAGUGCAGAGGUUGUAUCGCAGUGGAAUGUCCUGCAAUUCAACACUGGUUCUACGACCCCCUUCAUCGUGAAAUGUGGCGCAAAUUCUAGCUCCGAGUUGGUCAUUAAAGCGGAUGCACGCGUGGAGGAACCCAAGGGUGGUGAGAUCAUCAGAGUUGUUCCCAGACCUUUGAUUCUCGCUGAUAUGAGCUUUGAGGAGAUCAAGAAGGUGUUUGACCAAUUGCCCGAAGCAAUUAGCUUGCUAGCCCUCGCACGAACAGCAGAUGGUACGAGAGCCAGGUACUCGAGAUUGUACAGGACCUUGGCCAGUAAAGUUCCGUCACUGAAAGAUCUAGUUGCAGAGCUGGACAAAGGUGGAAUGUUGAAAGAUGUGAGAACAUAAAUGCAACAACAGAAUAAUCUCACCGUAAUGUGCUUAUGCACUAUUUUUCAUCUUGUUAACUCAAACAGCUAUUUUAGUCAUCCUACAGAAGGUUCCUAAGGAUGUAUCUGAAGGAGUUCCACAUAUUGAAGCAACUCAUCACCGCUUCGACAACUCUUGAUGAAGCAAAAGUUGCUGUUGUUUAUUAUCGGCGUCUUCAUGUACACCUUGUCCUCUUUGACUGAGAAAACGAGGAGCAAUGAAAAUGUAAGAACACUUGAAUUGAUCAGAAUGUAUAUGUGAUUUCAAUCUCUUUUGCUGUUUAAGAAUGACAGUUUAUGCCACAAACCAAUCUUAUUUAUGCUUUUUUUUUUGUUUAUUA